CGUUCCAGAGUUACGAUACUGCAUUUAUCCAGCAGCAGCCAUUAGCUUGAUCAAUAAAAUGAAAAAUUGCGCGAGUACUCGUCCUGCUGAAUAACAAAGUACUCCACCGUUGGUACAGUGUGUCAAAAUGAAAUAACCUAAGCGUGACACAAAUUUACGAUGCGUUGAUCGUAAUUUUAAACUCGUACUUGCUGUUUCGUGUAUUACCAUCGAACGAAUCUAUGUUUCGAUUGAAAGGAUAUGUACGAUAGAGACAAAACGAAGGAAACAGGGACCCUGAUUCUGAAAAAUGGAAGCGAAUGAAAACGAAAGGAAUGAAGAUAAAAGGGAGGAGAAAGUGUAAGAGUGAACGCGUAAGAAAGAGAGAAAGAGAGAGAGAGAGCGAACGCGUGCGAAAGGGAGAGAGUAAGAGAAGAGUAAAAACAGUGAAAGAUACACUUACUAUAAAAUAUAUUUAAUGUGGGAUCAAAGAAGCAAAAAAUCUAUUGACUGACAAUCAAAAAAAUACGUUACAGAUAGAUACAAAUAUAUAUACACAUAUAUUUGUUUAUACGUGCAUGUUAUCGCGUGAACGUUUUUUUCUUUUGGACGAAAUUAUAAAUAUUAGUGACUUACGUGUCCAAGAACUGCUUCUUCCGGAAAGUAUUUUUACAAGAGAUUUAUUUACCGCUAUGGUAAAUUUUAAUUGUGCUGUACGGCGACAAACGUAUUGCCGCGAAGCGACCAAAUAAGGAAAAAUUAACGAUCAAUUAACGAAUACGCGUAUGCGCGUAUUUUUCAUGUUCACACGUAUCGCAUAUUAUGUACAUAUACACUUACAUACAUACGUACAAUCGUAAUUUAAGUAAACAAAUAGGCUAUUCAUUUUCCGUGUAUCUGUUAAUAAACGUACAAAUAUAAAUGAAAACGUUCGGUUGUAACAAUUUUUUAAACCUUUUUCCUCAUGAUGUUUAUAUUUGCUUUUAGAAAAGCAAAGAUCUUAUCAAAUCGCUCAUAAAAAUGAAGUAUUAGUCAGAAAAGAUAUGAAUCAGUCAAAACAGCUAUGAUUUCGGUGCAUAUAAUACAUGUUUUGGUUGUUCGCGUAAUAAUCGCAUCGAAUCGAAGCGAGAUAUAAAUAAUGUUGAAACAACAUCUUUUGGGGUUUUGUAACGUCUGGAUGUAUCCGGUUGUCAUAGAAACUCACGUACGCGCACCUGUAUACCUAUAUCGGUACAUCGUGUUAGCAACCAAUUAUACGAUUGUCAUUCAAGGUAGGUUAAGACACAUUUCGCUGCUUCGUUGGUGUAAAAGUGGAAAGCGAAGUCUGGAAAUGCGAUCACGUAAAUGUUCACGUUACUGCUUUUUAUUUCGAUAAAGGUAAGCAUAAACAUACGUGCACUGAACAAUAUUUCGAUAUACAUAUGUGCAUAUGUAAGUACUAGUAUGCUUAUGAACAAGUAUCGAGUGAAAAGUAACGUCUGUUAUCGUUUAAGGAGAAAAGGUGUUCGGAAAAUAAAGCGAUAAAAAUCGUAAAAAAUAUAUGUAAAUAGUUGCUGCGAAUCUAUGGUCAUGGAGUGUGGCAAGAAGAAGCGAAUUUCAAGGACAUACAAGUAUCUGUCGUUUUGUCGAGAAAGAGACGAUUUUAGAGCGCGUCUCAUUAACGCCAUAAAGAAGAGGCAAACGAGAGAAAAAGCAUAUUUUAAAAGAUGCGAAAUUGGACGGGAAAUGGAUGAAGAGGACGGAAGAGAAGAAGAAGAGGAAGAGGAAGUGAAAGGAAGCGUAGCGAGAACGGAUUUUAUUACGAAAACCGAUAAAGAUAUGUUGAGAUACUAUUAUUAUUUGACGCAAGGAAUCGACGACGAUUACGUAGGAUCAAUGAACGACGAUCUUUUGCAAAAUAUUUUAAACGUCAUCCCGUUGAAAUGGCGACAAAAGUUUACGGUUCAUCUGAACGGUUUGGUGAAAGAAGUGAAGGAAGAAUAUACGUUGAGCGUGAAAAAAUCCGUGAUUGAAUUUGUUAUCGGAGAUUCGCUUUAUGAGUCACUGAAUCAGGUAUGUACUUAUGUUUCGAUCAAAGGGAUUCAAGGGAAAAUUGAUGGGAAAUCGCGUAAUUUUCAGUUAGUCGCGUCGGGGGAAAGCAAGGCAAUUGGAACGAUUCGAGUUACAACGGAACACCCUGUUAAUUAUAGAUGGAACAGGACAAGACUGGACGAGACGAAUAUGAUUUAUCGACCUGUCGUACGACGGAUUUUCGAUUAUUGUUACCGAAAGUUCAGGGAUAUCACACUGAUAGAUUGGAAUACGUUGGCAACGCGCGGCAUGUCGUAUGACGUUACAACUUUCGAGGCAACCGUUUUACGCACGUGUCAGAAAAUGAGGGAAGAUCUGGCGAAUAGCUGGUUGUCGAAGAUUCGGAGCCUUUUAUCCGCGGCCUAUGAGAGAAACGAGAUGCCGUGGAUUAGUAACUUGUCGAAACGUCAAAGAUUUUUCAAUUGCAUCGCGCUUAUCAUGGAAGAACAAAUGCGAAGAUUUUAUUUGCACUCGGUAGAAGAUUACGUGAAUUGCCUUCGUAAAAGAGUGAGUUUUCUCUUUUUCCAGCGAUUCGAAGGUGUCGUUGAAUUGAGAAAUGAAUGUUGUAUACAGGGUAUAUGUUGCGGGUUAGAUAUAAAAGUUGCAGUAAGGAACGGGGUAGUCACGUUCGAGCCGCCGUUCAAAACCUUCGUGGAAACGUUGUCGACGAUUAUGUAUUCGCUGCGGGAAGCUGUCUCCGCGCUGCCGCGCGUCGAAACGUUAUUGCCGAACACGUAUUCCGUCGAAUCCGAACACAAGCUGCUCGAGCCAAGCGUAUCGGAACACCAUUUGAAAAGUUACGCCGACGAGAUCUCGAAAUUGAUCGACGGGGAGAAGGUCGAAGCUACGCUGCAACUCCGAGAAUUUGAUAAGUACGAGAAUUUUAUAAACGAUACGGAAAUGAAAAAGAUCGAAGAAUUUCUAAGCGCGUCCGAUACGGCUGAAAAUUUUGAACGUUACCGAAAUCUGAUCGAGCACUACGAUCGUAUAUCCGAACGAGUGAAACUAGAAUUUCCACGAACCAGUUUCCACGGAUUUUUCGUGGUGCAUCGAGGAGAUCUGAUCCGACACAUCUCGUCAGCGGCUCGAAAACUCAAGGAAGAGUUAAUUUCUAAAAUGAUCAGCGAAUAUCAAAAAAAAUCUCGAGCGGUAGGGAACGCGUAUCAACAUAUCGUGGAUCGUGCGCAAACCGUCCCAGCGAACACCGAAGAACUGAUAAAGCUUACGGAGUUUAUACGUGUGACCAAAACCGAAACGGCUAGUCAACUGGAAGAGCAACUCGGACAAAUCAUCAAAUACAUAGUUUUCUUGUCCGAUUAUUCGGUUCUGACAGUUAUCCACCUGAAAACUAAUAACUUUGCUUUUCAAUGGUAUCGUAAACUUCCGGAAAUAUUUCAACGUCACGAAGAAAUCGUCGCGAGCAAGACUGGUGAAUUUCAGAAGAAUCUUAAAAAGCGAAUCGAGCAAUUCGAACGAGAUCUCGAAACGUACGCGAAACGAUGCGACGAGCUACAAUAUUGGGGUAACAUCGAAGAGAUCGAUCGAUACAAGAAAAAAGCAGAUCGUUUGGAGAAAAAACUGAUCGACGCAAUGGAUAUGAUCGAUAGAUUUAACGAGGAAGAAACGUUGUUUGGUUGGGAAAUGUCGCAAUAUCCGCUACGAAAAGCGGUAGCGGACAAACUGUCACCGUACAAGAAACUGUAUGACGCUGCUUGCGAUUUUCUGGCCAACUACGAUGCGUGGAUGAAUUCCGUGAUCGGUUAUCACGAGCCAGAGGACAUCGAGACCGAGGCGGGAACAGCUUACCGUACGAUCUACAGAUUGGAGAGAUCUAUUCAAGAGCCGAUAGCGAGAAAGCUUGCAGAAACGAUUCGCAUAAAAAUUGAAGAAUUCAGGGAACAUAUGCCCGUGAUAUCUACUCUUGGAAAUCCUUCGAUGAAGGCUCGUCAUUGGGAACAAGUAUCGGAAAUUGUUGGCUUCCCCAUAAAGAUCGAUCAAUCGAUGACCCUUGCCAAGAUACUCGAUUACGGCUUAGCCGACUACGUGCCGAAAUUCGAAGCGAUAUCGGAAGCAGCGACGAAAGAAGGUAGUCUAGAGAAGGCUUUGCUUCGAAUGCAUCUCGAUUGGGCGGAGAUCGCGUUCACCGUAAACCCUUAUCGCGAUACUGGUACCUACGUGAUCGCCAGCGUCGACGACAUACAAUUGCUUUUGGACGAUCAUUUGACCAAAGCUCAAACUAUGAAGAAUUCCCUUUACAUUAAGCCGUUCGAGAAAGAAACUUUAGAAUGGGAAUCAAAAUUACACUUGUUACAAGAUAUCAUGGAUUAUUGGCUACAAGUUCAGGCAACUUGGAUGUACUUGGAACCGAUAUUUUCCUCGGCUGACAUACAACAACAAAUGCCGGAGGAAGGUCGACGAUUUAACGCCGUCGACAAAAUUUGGAAAGAAGUUAUGUUGCUGGUAUCCGCGGACCCCCGAGUUAUGUCGGUUAUUGGAAUAGACAAGAUGCUCGAGCGAUUGAAAAAAUGUUCAAACUUGCUCGAAUUGAUCCAAAAAGGGUUGGCAGCCUACUUGGACAAGAAGAGAUUGUAUUUCCCACGAUUCUUUUUCCUCUCGAACGACGAGCUCCUGGAAAUAUUGUCGGAAACGAAGGAUCCUACCAGGGUGCAACCGCAUCUGAAGAAAUGUUUCGAAGGUAUCGCGCGUUUAAGUUUCACGUACGAUAUGGAGAUAACGUCGAUGAUAUCGUCCGAGGGAGAGAAGAUUGUUCUCGAGGAUAUCGUUGACACGGUAGCAGCUCGAGGUCAAGUGGAGAAGUGGCUGUUGGAUCUUGAACGAGCUAUGAAGAAAAGCGUCAGAGCGCAGGUAAUCGAAUCGAAGAACGCGUUCUUGAAACAAGUCAGAUCGAAGUGGGCGUUACAAUGGCCUGGUCAAACUAUUCUCUGCGUGAGUAAGAUGUAUUGGACUGCCGACGUGACCAAAGCGCUAUCGACGAAAUCUCUACACGAAUUGAGCAAUUAUGUGGAUACCUGUACACGCGAACUGAACGAGAUAGUAAAGUUGGUUCGUGGAAAGUUGUCGAAGCAGAAUCGUACAACCUUAGAGGCAUUGGUUACGCUGGACGUUCAUAGCCGAGAUGUCGUCGCGGGAUUGGUCGCGCAAAAGGUUAACGAUGUAACCGAUUUCAAUUGGUUAGCUCAAAUGAGAUACUAUUGGAUGGAUAACGAUUUAUGGACAACGAUGAUAAAUACGUCGCUAAAGUACGCCUACGAGUAUUUGGGCAACACUUCUAGGCUGGUGAUAACGCCAUUGACUGACAGAUGUUACCGAACGUUAUUCAGCGCGUUGAGUUUGCACCUCGGCGGUGCACCCGAGGGUCCGGCUGGAACCGGUAAAACCGAAACGACUAAGGACUUGGCUAAGGCCGUAGCUAAGCAAUGCGUUGUUUUCAAUUGUUCCGAAGGUCUCGAUUAUAUUGCGUUGGGUAAAUUUUUUAAGGGAUUGGCGAGUAGCGGCGCGUGGUCUUGUUUCGACGAAUUUAACAGGAUCGAUCUGGAAGUACUGUCGGUGGUGGCACAACAAAUUUUAACGAUUCAACGGGCUAUUAACGCCGGACUGGAAGACAUGGUUUUCGAAGGUACCGAAAUCAACUUGGACCCUACCUGUGCUGUUUUCAUUACGAUGAAUCCAGGAUACGCCGGAAGAUCCGAACUGCCGGAUAAUUUAAAGGCCCUUUUUCGACCAGUUGCAAUGAUGGUACCAGAUUAUGCUUUGAUAGCCGAAAACACGUUGUAUUCGUACGGAUUUUACGAGGCUCGGCCGCUCUCUGUAAAGAUCGUCACUGCCUAUAGAUUAUGCUCGGAACAACUGUCCAGUCAGAAUCAUUACGAUUACGGGAUGAGAGCGGUGAAAUCUGUUCUAGUAGCGGCUGGAAAUUUAAAAGUGAAAUACGGCGAAGAAUCCGAAGAUAUUCUAGUGUUGCGGAGCGUCAAGGACGUGAAUUUACCAAAAUUUCUAAAGGAAGAUAUACCGCUGUUUAAUGGUAUCGCAUCGGACCUUUUUCCUGGAGUUCGACUUCCGGAACCAGAUUACACCGACUUGAAUGCGUGCGUUCGCGACGCAUGCGAGAGCUCCAAGUUGCAAUGUACCCCCGUCUUUUUGGAGAAAAUACAGCAAAUAUACGAAAUGAUGAUUGUUCGGCAUGGAUUCAUGCUCGUCGGUUAUCCGUUCGCCGGUAAAAGUACGGCGUAUAACGUUUUGGCCGAUGCCCUGAAGCUGUGCGAGCAACGAGGGCUGAUGAACGAGCAUGCCGUAGAAAAGUUCGUGAUAAAUCCGAAAGCCGUUACGUUGGCUCAUUUGUAUGGAGAAUUCGAUCCGGUGUCGCACGAAUGGUCCGAUGGAGUUUUAGCGAUUAGUUAUCGUGCUUUUGCGACUUCCGAUAACGAUAAUAGGAAGUGGCUGAUCUUCGACGGGCCCGUCGACGCGGUAUGGAUAGAAAGCAUGAACACGGUACUCGACGAUAACAAAAAGCUUUGUUUGAUGAGCGGAGAAAUUAUUCAGCUGGCGCCAUCGACUAGCUUGAUCUUCGAAACUAUGGAUUUAGAAGCAGCAUCGCCUGCUACCGUUUCUCGUUGCGGAAUGAUCUACAUGGAACCAGAUGCGCUCGGUUGGGAUCCUUUGCUCAAGUCGUGGAUAGCCAAAACUCCGGACGUAAUCGACGAAUGGUUAAACGACUUUCUAUAUCAAUCGCUCUUUCGAAGAUUUUGCGAUCCUUUGCUCCAUUGGUUGCAUCGCGACAGCGUUAAGAGAAUAUGCCCGAUGUCGGACUCGAAUCUGAUACGCACGCUGACUUAUCUGAUGGACUGUUUCAUCGACGAAUAUCGCGACGAGAAGAUCGCUAAGAACAUGAACGAGUUAGAUCUCCGUGCGCAACUAGAGGGUUCGUUUUUCUUCUCGUGCAUUUGGGCGCUCGGUGGUACUUUAACCGUUGCCUCCAGAGAAUCGUUCAGCAUGCUGUUCCGCGGCUUUCUCGAGAAAAAUUUUCCGUUAAAUUUGAUGGAAACGUUCGAAUUGGUGGAACCGAUACAGCCGCCUCUCAGGCCGUACAUAUUCGUCAUGCCACGGGAUAACCUGGUGUUCGAUUAUAGAUUCAUCAAAGAGGGCAAAGGGAAAUGGAGGUUGUGGUCCGACGAGUUGCUCGAUAGUCCGCCGAUACCUCGCGACAUCCCGGUCAAUCAAAUAAUAGUACCAACGAUCGAAACGAUCAGGUACACGGCUCUGUUUCGGUUGUUGAUAGGCAACGGGAAACCCGUGUUAUUCGUUGGCCCGACUGGCACUGGAAAAUCAGUCUACGUGGUAGACUUUCUGUUAAGGAAGAACGAUCCCGCGGUGAACAAACCGUUGAUUAUCAACUUUUCCGCGCAAACGACAGUGAAGCAAACGCAGGACACGAUCAUGGGCAAAUUGGAUCGACGACGAAAAGGGGUUUUCGGGGCGCCGAUAGGUAAACGUUGGAUCGUGUUCGUCGACGAUGUUUCGAUGCCUACGAAAGAAACGUACGGAGCGCAACCACCGGUCGAACUUUUACGACAGUGGUUAGAUCACGGAGAAUGGUUCGACACGAAGGAUAAAACGAUGAUCAAACUGAUCGACGUUAUUUUAAUGUGCGCCAUGGGUCCACCGGUUGCCGGCGGAAGAGACGUUACGCCUCGAUUUAAAAGACAUUUUGCCGUUCUAACGAUAUCGGAAUUCGACGACGAAGUAAUGACGAUGAUAUUCAGCAAAAUUAUUCUCUGGCAUAUCGAUACGAGGUUCGUACGUUUUGUAAUUUCGAAAAUCUUGACGAUUUCGAAGAGAAACGGUGGUAUACUUUUCAGAGGAUUCGGCAAAGAGUUCGAUCCAUGCAUCGACGAAAUCGUCCUGGCCACGUUGGACGUGUACAAAGAAAGUCUUGGCAAUCUGUUACCGACACCUGCCAAGUGUCACUACGUUUUCAAUCUUCGCGAUUUCUCCAGAGUGAUACAGGGUGUUCUGUUAUCGGUUCCGGAAUCGACGCCAACCUUAUCGAACAUGAGGAGACUCUGGGUUCACGAAAUACUUCGAGUCUUUGGAGACCGUUUGACAGACCGGGACGACUCCUCCUGGUUGGUGGGGCAAAUUCGCGUUACCUUGAAGAGACGCAUGGACGUGAUAAUGGAACAACUGUUCGAGGAUCUUCGUUCGCCGAAGGAGCAAGAACCGAUCACCGAUGAACAUCUUCGCAACUUGGUGUACUGCGAUUUCGCGGACACGAGAAUGGACGUUCGACUUUAUCAAGAAGUACCGGAUCUCGAACGCUUACGAGAAAUAGUGGAAAAUUACUUGACCGAGUACAACGCGAUGAGCCGAAAACCCAUGAAUUUGGUUUUAUUUCGAUUCGCCAUCGAACAUUUGUCGCGCAUCUGUCGCAUCAUCAAGCAGCCGCGAAGUCACGCGCUUCUAGUCGGAGUCGGCGGUACUGGAAGACGGUCAUUGACCAGAUUGGCCUCGCACAUAUCCGAUUACGACGUUUUUCAAAUCGAAGUCACUCAACGAUACGGAGUGUUCGAGUGGCACGAAGACUUGAAAGAUAUUCUGAAACGCGUAACAAUGACCGAACUUCAUUCGACCUUUCUUUUCUCCGACACUCAAAUCAAACAGGAGAGUUUUCUCGAAGAUAUCAGCAACAUCCUUAAUUCCGGCGAGGUACCAAACAUAUUCACCGUGGACGAAUUGGCGGAGAUAUGCGAACGAAUGAGACAAAUAGACAAACAACGGGACCGAUCGGUACAAACGGACGGAAGUCCGGUGGCUUUGUUCAAUUUUUUCGUUCAGAUAGUACGAGAUCAACUGCACUUGGUGAUAGUAGCGUCACCGAUCGGCAGUCAUUUUCGCGAUCGAAUCAGAAAAUUUCCAGCCUUGGUCAAUUGUUGUACCAUCGAUUGGCUUCAGCCAUGGCCCGACGACGCUUUGCUCGCGGUCGCGACCAGAUUUCUCUCGGCGAUCGACCUAACUGACCAGGAAAGAAUCGCCGGUAUCGACAUGUGCCAAUUCUUUCAUGUGUCCGCGGAAAAUUUGAGCACAGAGUUUUUCGCGCGAUCGAACAGGCGCGUGUACGUAACCCCGACCUCGUACCUCGAGAUGAUAAACACCUUCAAGGAUUUGUUGGACAAGAAACGUCGGAGUAUCAUGAACGCGAAAACUCGCUACGAACGCGGUUUGGGUCAAUUGGACGAGACGCAAGGGCAAGUGGUGGCGAUGCAAGACACUCUGAAAUCGUUGAGACCGCAAUUGAUCGUGGCUACCAAAGAGGUGCAGCAGAUGCUGCUGGACGUAGAUAGGGAGAGGCAAGAGGUGGCAGAGUUCGAAAGUACAGUGAAGGUUGACGAGAACGCGGCCCAGGUAUACGCGAGCGAAGCGGCUGCUAUCAAAGCGGAAUGCGACGCGGACUUGGCCGAAGCGAUGCCGAUCUUAAAACGCGCGCAAGCCGCUCUGGACACGUUGACCACGGCCGAUAUCGCCGUCGUCCGAGCGAUGAAGAAACCUCCGCAAGGGGUUAGACUGAUCGUCGAAAGCAUUUGCGUUCUCAAGCAAGUGAAACCGGAAAGAAUCCAACAACCCGAUGGCAGUUUCGUCGAGGAUUAUUGGAAAGCGGCCCUCCGAAUGCUCAGCGACGCCAGGUUUCUCGAUUCGUUGCUCAACUUCGACAAAGACAACAUCCCCGACAGCGUGAUAGAGAAAAUUCGUAAAACGUAUUUGACCAAUCCGGACUUCGACCCCGAAAAGAUAAAAAAAGUAUCGACGGCGUGCGAAGGAUUGUGCCGAUGGGUGUACGCGAUGUCCGAAUACGACAAAGUGUCGAAAGUCGUUGCCCCGAAAAGAGCAGCUUUGGCGAAAGCGCAACAGGUUUACGAUCAAGCCAUGGAGACUCUUCAAGCGAAACGGGAGCAACUUUUACGCGUGCAGGAGAAAUUGAAAGCGUUGGAAGAACUUUUGGAACAAAGAAGAAUAGCUUUCCAAGAAAUGUCCGACAAAGUAACGGAUUGCGAAACGAAAUUGAAGCGCGCCGAAGAAUUGAUCGGAGGAUUAGGCGGAGAAUACGCGCGUUGGUCUCGUACAGCGAUGGAAUUAGGAGAGAGGUACCACCGAUUGACCGGUGAUGUGGUGAUCGCUUCCGGCGUAGUCGCGUAUCUCGGCCCAUUCACGAUGCCGUUUCGAAUCGAACAAAUCUCUGUCUGGAUACAGCGUUGCACCGAUUUACGAGUAAUUUGCAGUACGGAUUUUCAGUUACGCGAUAUUCUCGGGGAUCCGGUUCUAAUAAGAUCUUGGAAUAUUUUCGGUCUACCGAACGACACCUACUCCAUCGACAAUGCUAUCAUUAUCGUAAAUGCAAGAAGAUGGCCACUGAUGAUAGAUCCCCAGGGUCAGGCGAACAGAUGGAUUAAGAAUAUGGAAAGGACUAAUAACUUGAACGUUGUUCGAUCGACUCAGCCUGAUUUUGCUCGAUUAGUAGAAAACGCGCUGCAAUUUGGCCAGCCGGUACUUCUCGAGCACAUCGGCGAAGAAAUAGAAGCUAUCCUUGAACCGGUUCUGCUGAAAGAAACGUUUAGGCAGGGUGGUGCGGUUUGUAUAAAAUUUGGCGAUACCAUCGUCGAAUAUAGCGAGAGUUUCAGAUUGUAUAUUACCACCAGACUACGAAAUCCACAUUAUUUACCAGAGACAGCGGUCAAAGUAACGUUAUUGAACUUUAUGAUUACGCCGACCGGACUGGAAGACCAGUUAUUGGGUAUCGUUGUCGCGAAGGAAAGACCGGACUUGGAGUCCGAGAAAAACGCUUUGAUAGUCCAGGGAGCCGAGAACAAACGGCUUCUUCAAGAAACGGAGGACAAAAUUCUAGAGAUCCUGUCGAUAGCGGAAGGUAAUUUAUUGGACGACGAGGUAGCCGUCGAGGUUUUAACUUCGUCCAAGAACCUAAGUACAGACAUUCAAACGAAACAGGCGGCUGCCGAGCAAACGGAAAAAUCGAUCGACGAUGCCAGGUUACAAUAUGCCUCAAUCGCUGUAUAUUCGACCGUACUUUUCUUCGCCAUCGCCGUGUUAGCGAACGUCGAUCCCAUGUAUCAGUAUUCGUUGACAUGGUUUAUCAAUUUAUUCGAAUUGGCUAUAGAUAAUACAGAACCAGCGGAAACGGUUGAAAAGCGAUUGACCGAUCUCACCGAAUACUUUACGUACUCUCUUUACGCGAAUGUCUGUAGAUCCUUGUUCGAAAAAGACAAGCUAUUAUUUUCCCUGUUAUUGGCGAUCAAUUUGCUGAAACAACGGGGCAAACUAUCUUCGUCUCAGUGGAUAUUUUUACUAACGGGCGGAAUCGGUCUCGAUCAUCCGUACGCGAAUCCAACCACGUGGCUUCCGAUCAAGCAGUGGAACGAAUUAUGCAAUCUGGACAGCGUCCAAGAUUUCGUGGGCAUUCGAGAAACGUUUACGCGAAAUGUCCAACAGUGGAGAGAGUUGUUCGACUCGAAAGAACCGCAAAACGAGACAAUUCCUUCGCCGUUUCAUCGCUUGGACUCGUUCAAAAGACUCUUGAUAUUGAGAUGCAUUCGCCCCGACAAGGUCAUUCCAGCGGUACAAAAGUUCGUCGAAGAGGAACUGGGUCCACGAUUCGUCGAACCGCCACCAUUCGAUUUACCUUCGACUUACGCCGAUUCGAACUGUUGCACACCGUUGAUAUUCAUCUUGACACCCGGUACCGAUCCGGCUCAGUUGUUGCUAGCGUUCGCGGACGAACAGGGUUACAGCGCGAAUCGUCUGUUUUAUUUGUCCUUAGGUCAAGGUCAGGGACCGAUCGCAGAGGCAACCAUUCAAAAUGCCGUGAUGGUCGGUAACUGGGUGGUUUUGCAAAAUUGCCACUUAGCGAUUAGUUGGAUGAGCACUUUGGAAAGUAUCUGCGAAGGCUUGUUACCCGACACGAUUCACUCGGAAUUUCGAUUGUGGCUAACGAGUUAUCCGUCCGAACACUUUCCAUCCUCGGUUCUGGAAAACGGUAUCAAAAUAACCAACGAACCACCCAAAGGUCUCAGGGCUAAUAUCCUUAGAUCGUACGCGAGCGAUCCUAUCAGUGAUCCGGACUUUUUUGAAUCUUGCGCUCAGCCGGAUUAUUUCAAGAAACUUUUGUUUUCGUUGUGUUUCUUUCACGCGGUCGUGCAAGAAAGACGAAAAUUCGGUCCAAUCGGUUGGAAUAUCUGUUAUGAAUUUAACGAAACCGACCUUCGAAUCAGCGUUUUACAAUUGCAUUUGUUCCUCGACCAAUUCGAGGACGUAAGGUUCGAUGCCAUCAACUAUCUCACCGGAGAAUGUAAUUACGGUGGAAGGGUGACCGACGAUUGGGAUCGCAGAACGUUGAACACUAUCCUGUCCAAAUUUUAUUGCGAAGAGUUACUCACCGAUAAAAUCUAUUAUUUCGAUGAAACUUCGACAAUUUAUUAUGCUCCAAACUUGCGAGAAUACGAAGCCUACGUGGAAUAUACCAAAGAUUUACCUGCCAUUACCGAACCAAGCGUUUUCGGUAUGAACGAGAACGCUGAUAUCGUCAUGCACCAGCACGAAACGAAUCUCCUCUUCUCCUCGCUUCUGCUAACUCAGGAAACCGUGGAAUCGGGAACCGAGCAAACGUCGAACGAUGAAAUAGUAUUUAAAAUUGCGAGCGAUAUUUUACAGAGACUGCCAGACGAUUAUGAUAUUUCGUUAUCGCUGAAAAAGUAUCCGAUGUCUUACGAACAAAGUAUGAAUACCGUUUUGGUACAAGAAAUGGGCAGAUUUAAUAGACUUAUCGGUUGCGUUCGAACCAGCCUACAAAGUAUUAAACGAGCCAUCAAAGGUUUUAUCGUAAUGUCCUUUGAACUCGAAGAUAUUUAUGACGCGAUUCUGAUUAAUAAAAUACCUGCUUUGUGGCUGCGAUAUUCGUAUCCAUCGUUGAAACCGCUUGGUAGUUAUAUUCGUGAUUUAUUAGAUCGCUUGAGCUUCCUUCAAAAAUGGUACGACGAGGGAUCACCGAUCGUUUAUUGGAUCUCGGGAUUCUACUUUACUCAAGCAUUUCUCACGGGAACUAGGCAAAAUUAUGCGAGAAAAUAUCAAAUACCUAUAGACCUGUUGGUUUUCGAUUUUUUCGUGUUAAAAACCGACCUGAAACCUCGAUCUCCUCCCGAGGAUGGAGUUUAUAUACACGGAUUAUUUUUGGAUGGCGCUAGAUUCGACAUGGAACAAAUGACUUUGGAUGAAAGUUUUCCUAAAGUUCUCUACGAAAGCAUGCCUCCUAUGUGGCUACUUCCCAUGACAAAAGAAAACAUUAAGACGAAAGCAACGUACCUUUGUCCAGUGUACAAAACUAGCGAAAGAAGAGGCGUUUUGUCAACUACCGGACAUUCUACCAAUUUCGUUAUCGCUAUGACUUUACCUACCCUAAAAUCUCCCAAUCAUUGGGUCAUGAGAGGAGUAGCGUUACUUUGUCAACUUUCCGAGUAGAAACUCUCCUCCUCUCUUUCUUACAAGUUUAUAAAAUGAUUGUCCCUUCGUUUCAAAUUCCUAUAGACGUUUUCUUUCUUAUACUUCUUGAUAUACGUAUUGUGUACCAGAUACAUAUAGAUGGUGAUUAAGUUAUGUAAUUUCUAUAGUUAUUUUUAAGGACGUUUAAGGAGGUUUAAGGACGAACAUUGCAACGACUGUAAUAUAAUUUUUUAAUUUAAUAAAGAUGUCAAAGAUUCAGUUUCUCCGAUGAAUUAGACGAAAGGGAGAGUUCAAUUUUCUUAGCAUUUCCUUUCUUUCAAAAUCGAAACGUGAUUUUUUUACCGUGAUAUGUUCUCCUUCUUUCGUUUCCUAGGCUAUUCGAAUAAUCGUUUGAAUCUCCGUUUCAAGUACUUUAUAGAUAUAAUUAAAUGAUUCAACUGAUAAC